GGGGAAGCGAUUUGCGAAUUCCAGUUGCGACUUGCAGAUGGCGCAAGUUCAAUUACGCGACGAGCGCGCGCGGGUGCUUGCUAUGCUUCUACAAGGCUUGCAGGAGCUUCAGAAUGUUGAAGGUAAACUGUUGGCGCGCUCGCUGCUUGCUUGCUGGUCAACGCAAGGGGAGCCGUACCAGAUGGAAGCCGGGGGCGAAGACCCCCUUGCGGGACUGGGCAACGCGGGGGCUUCACAAUCAACACACAGACAGACCAUUAUGCAGCAUUACUGUAUACUGUACUAAAAAUAAUGCUGCGUGAUAACGGGCAGGCUCUAAUUGGGGCAUUGGCUUCCAAUCCUGUAAAAAAGAAACCGAAGUGACAACUUUUAGUUCUUCACCCAUUUUACACGCUGCAUCGCCGCUCUGCUUACAUGAACAUGUAUGUAUCUGUACACUGAACACAUAGAAUCAUGUUGCAAGGCCAAAGCCCCGCGGACACAGAAGUCGCUGUCAUCGCCAGGCAGAGCUGAGGGAAUUCACGGGGUGCGUCAAGGCCACUCACGAGGCUGACCCCAUAUAUAAGGGCGUCAUAAUGAGCCCUGCUACUGUAUAGUCAUACAAGCACGCCGAGCCCAUCACAAACCCUACUCGGACUUGCUCCGCACCAGCUUCUCCGCACUGCUUCGACACCAACCUUGCAGAAUGCGUACCGCAAUCCUCGCCCCAUCCCACGGCCCUGCCUCCUCCUUCCAGCAACGCACAAAUUCGGUGCACACGCGGACUGUACUCGCGCACGGCGCUGCGGGGUCGGCGAAUCGCUCCUCUGCACCAUCGGCAUCGACGACCCCCUCGGCCUCAUCCGCGCUGGAUGCAACCCAACCCAUCAUCCGGACGCUGAAGGAGUGCGACACUGGAGCCAUCACGCGCGCGUCGGUGUGCUUUGGCCGGUCGAUGCGGACCGACCCCACCAUGACCUACGUCACCGGGGGCCGCUGCCCGGAGCGCGUGGGGGCGCUGUUCGAGCAGGUGGCAACCAUGUGCAUGCGCGGUGCCCGCGACCCCGCCACCACCUGGCUGCUGGAGACGCCCCGCAGCGGCGGCGACAGCGACAGUGCGGAUGUGGUGUGCAUCGCAUGCGAGUACCCGGCGGCCUACCCCAGCGACUGGGAGCUGCUGCGCGCCGGGCUGCUGCGUGUGCUGCUGGCCUGCCCGGGCUGGGGCGUGCUGCGCGCGCUGAUGAACAUGCUGGACCAGUUCAACGCCACCAAGGCGCAGUUCAACAAGGAGCACGGCGAUUUCCUGUACAUUGCGUGCUUUGGCACUGCCCCGGAGCAGCAGGGCCGCGGGCUGGGCUCACAGCUGAUGCGGCGGGUGCUGCAGCACGCAGACGCCAAAGACCUGCCCGUCUACCUGGAGGCCAGUGGCGCCGCGUCGGCGGCGUUCUACCGCCGCCACGGAUUCCAGGACAUUAAGCAGGUCCGGGCCAGCCCCGGCGCCCCAGACCUCAUCAUCAUGGCCCGGCCCCGCGCCUCGCAGCUGCAGCAGCACGGCCAGCAGCAGUAGUGCUCCAGCAGGGCAAGUAAAAGGGUGACCUUUUGGAAGGGGAGGAAGGGCAACAGGCGGCGUGUAGCAUGGGCAGGAGAGGAGCAAGGCUAACGAUCGGGAUGGGCUGGCUGCGACAAGUGCAGAGGAACUUGCAGCACAUUGCUGCAAGUAAUUAUGAUAGGGGCUAGACUUCUGAGGCUGUGCGCUGCAUGUCAGCAUGGGUUCCGCAUUCUGAGGCCUGUUGAGGAGAGAGCCAGAGAGGAUUGUGGCAUGCAAAACAUAGUUUGGAACAUACGGUAUGUGGAGCACUAUGCGUGGAAGUGUUUAACUUUUGCGUGUACGCGUGAAUGGAAGCCGCUUGGUGAUCUUGUACAUACGGCUUUGCACGGGCGACUACGCGGGGGGAGAGCAUGAAAAGUGAUAUGUCUGCGGGGUUACAGGUACGGUUACAGUACGGGUGUCGUGCAUCAAUGAACAAGCAUCAAAUUUGACAGGGACACGCGCCAAUGUGUGGGCGUGUCAGCGUGUGGCGGCCAGUUGCAAUUGCGAUGCGGGCUAAAACGGGCGGAAGCGUGAUGUAGAUAGUUAGCGGGCGCCAACGUGGCAUCCAGAAGACCAGGACUGAUCAGAAUGGCACGGGAUGUAACCCACGCGCGCA